GGAAGUAGGUGCCGGUUAUUGCUGCAGCGUUCAAGCGCUCUGUCACUGGUCAGCUUUACCGGCAGUUCGGGGACAGAAACGGAUGGAGAAAAUUCAUAUCUGCUUUAAGGACGUGAGAGCGGUAGAAGAUGAGUUCACAGCAGUAUCAGCGAGCAGGACUGAACCCUGCACACACACCGGGGCUCCAAACCAAGCAGACCACUACAGGUCAUGAGGAUGGUGGACGUGACUCGGGUAUCGUGUCUUCCUCCAGCGCAGCAGGACCCAUCAGAGACGAUAAGCAGGAACCGGUGGUGGUGCGACCGUACGGAGCGAUGCCCUCUGCCCUUUCGUCGCUGCCUCAGCACCUCCCUGUCACCUUCACCGAAGGACCUGGCAAGUCUGUCCUGAAGACUCCUAUUCCUAGCCGUGUAAUCGCCCCAGCCCCGACUCAAGGGCAUCUCGCCCUGCCACACAAAGUACCUGGGCACAUCACGGUCACCGUAGAGAGCGCCGUGCCGCCGGUGUCCGCGAUCCCAGUCGCCACCAUCAGCGGGCAGCAGGGUCACACUGGAAACCUGCACCGCAUCAUGGCCACCAAUCUGCAGAUUAUCCGUAGCGGGGCUCCGGCGCUGCAGAUCGGAUCCCCGGCAACGCCGCAGCAUCAGUUUCCCUCGCAUUUACCCAGAGGAGCUGCGGCCGCUGCGGUCAUGUCCAGUUCAAAAGGAGCGACGGUGUUGAGGCCGGCGUCAGGACCGAAUCCCGCAGCAGGACAGCCGACGGUGCAGCACAUCAUCCAUCAGCCCAUUCAGUCACGUCCGAUAGUCACCACGUCCACGGCGGUCUUGCCCACAGUGGUGGCUCCGGUCUCGGCCACCAGGCCCCAGUCUCCUGUUAUCAGCACGGUGACGGCUCACUCAGGAGAGCUAGUUCACGGACGCUCAGCUAUUACCAUACACCCUCCUCCUGCUGCCCUGAGUAUCCAGCGGGCUCCUCACGCUCGGGACACACCCACACGCAUCACACUUCCAUCCCACCCAGCUAUCGGUGCUCAGAAGCCCCUCCCACACUCCAUGGCACAGAAACCAAUCUUCAGCACCAUGACGCCUGUCGCUGCGGCAACCGUGGCCCCCAUACUGGCCACCAACACAGUUCCAUCGACCGCAACUACAGGCUCCGUGACCCAGUCCCAGGUGUCCAGCAGUAACAUAGUUACAGUGACCAUGGCCUCUCAUUCCACUCACGCCACUACAGUGACCACCUCCACCAUCCCCGUGGCGAAGGUGGUGCCCCAGCCCAUCACACAUACCUCUUCUCGAAUCCAGUCUGAGUUCAGUGGAGAAAGAGGGAACCUCAUCCCCAUCUCUGCCCACCGCGCUUCCCCUAAUCCUGCUGCUGCAAUGGAGAACCGCAGUGACACCAGACAGUCUGUUCCUAUGCAGUUUCAGUACUUCCUGCCAACCUACCAAUCAGCUCCUUACCCUCUGCCACACACCUACACACCCAUCACCAGCUCGGUGUCCACCAUACGCCCCUAUCCAGUGAAUGCUCAGUCUCCCUCUGCCGCUCAGCCCAGCAUGGGCGUUGCCUCCGCCGUCCAUCUGAACUCCAUGCAGCUGAUGACGGUGGACCGCAUCGCUCAGAUCAACACGCAGAACAUGCAGCCUGCGGCUGUGGCAGCACAAGGAGGUCAAAACGCUGCCAUCUCUGCUCAAGGACUUCACACCAACGCCCCGAUCGCACCGCAGAGCAUCCAGGCCGCUCCCAUCAACCCCCAACAAAACCCAAGUGAGGCCAAGACUUCAGUGGUGCUGGCCGACGCCUCGGCUCUGGUCGCCAACUCCAUCAACGGCACCUUUAAUGCCAAUCAGCCCGUCACCACAGUAACUCAGGCACACUCGCAGGGAGGCGGAUCGGGGACGCCGACGCUAGUCUCGUCGCCUCGACCCAGCAUUCUCCGCAAAAAACCUGCCAUUGAUGGCACUGCUGUGAGGAAAAAUCUGAUGGCAGCUCAGCUCGGAGACUCUGCCAGGAUGGACGGAGGUCUGAGGAACGCUGCAGGAUCACCACGACCCGCUGGAGUAAAACCCAAACCAGACAUCCUCAUGGGUUUGGCUCCUCCUGUCAGCGCUGCAGUGGACGCCGUCUCCGGACAAAGCGGUGAGCAGAAUGUAGCUCCGCCUCCUUCUCAAAUCCCAGCCCAGCCCGUCUCCGCCCUCCUGGCUUCAGUCACGCCUCCUUCUCAGCCUGUCCCUGCUGCCAUGGCGGUGACUCCGCCCAUCCCAUCGAUGGCCAACGUGGUGGCGCCGCCUUCUCACCCGGCAGCCAGUAGUACCGCGGCCUGUGCCAUUAGCUCCGCCCUUCCAGAAAUUAAGCAGGAGGUGUCACCCAUAGACACCUCAAAACCAGUGGCUCCACCGCCACCUAGUGGCACUCCUGCCCUUUCAGCGCCUCCUGCGGAUCUCACGCCCGGAGCUUCGCCCAGGAAAAAGCCCCGCAAGCAGCAGCACGUCAUCUCCACUGAGGAGAGCGAGAUGAUGGAGACCAACAGCACAGACGAGGAGAAACCUCCUGCUAAACCGGUCAGCCACCGACCCGAGAAACGCAAAUCGCCUCCUAAAGAGUACAUCGACGAGGAGGGUGUGCGAUAUGUUCCCGUCCGAAUCCGUCCUCCGGUCACUCUUCUGCGUCAUUACCGUAACCCCUGGAAAGCUGCUUAUCAUCACUUCCAGAGAUACAGCGAUGUCCGGGUCAAAGAGGAGAAGAAAGGCAGCCUGCAGGAUGUGGCCAAUCAGAAGGGGGUUGUGUGUCGAGCUCAAGGCUGGAAGAUCCAUCUGUGUGCCGCUCAGCUGGUGCAGCUGACGAACCUGGAGCACGACGUCUACAGCCGUUUAACGACUCUGCAGGAGGGCCUCGUCCCCAAGAAAAAAGGCGCAGCAGACGACGAUCUGCACCGCAUCAGUGAGCUUGUGCAGGGUAACAUGCAGCGCUGUAAGCUAGUGAUGGAUCAGAUCACGGAGGCUCGCGAGGCCAUGAUGAAGGUGCUGGACCACAGAGAACGAGUCCUCAAACUCCUCAACAAGAACAGCAGCACCAAGAAGCUCCACAAGCUCCACAAACGCAAAGACCGAGCAUGACGCGGCAUCCGGCAACCGUCACAAGGUCACGUCCGGCCCAGAUUCGCAGAAAAAAAAAAACCCAAACACAAAUCACACGGGAAUGCAUUAAAACUGGGAGAAGCUUCUCUCUCGAUGUCUGUCCUGGAGCUGGAUGGAGUUAGCAUUAAUGUUUGUCAUAUAAAAGCCUUACCUCCACUACAGAACGCACACACGAGGGACAAUCACAGUCACGCUGCAGUAUGCUGUACAUACACUAGGGGCGGAGUCACUAAAGGACGACGGAGAUGGUUAAAAAAAUUUAAUACACAAUACUUUCACUAAUGAUUAUUUUGUGUCUCGUUAAACGUUUAUUCAGUAACGAAAAAAAAAAGAUUAUAGGACAAUACUUGAAGACAUUUUCGCAAUAUACAAUAUGUGUCAUAAUGUUAUUAUAUUACCAAUAGUUCCGUAUUAAAAAAGAAAAAUUAUUAACAUCUAAUUAAAAAAUGAAUUAUUCAUGAGCUAUAUCAUAUAUCAUUCAGCCAGAGACAAACACAAUGUUCCCUUUAUCCCAAAUGUGGUCCAAACCGCAUGUGUGAAAUAGUUUACGCGAAGGCCACGCCUCCUUCCUGAGUCCGCAGUUCGCGACCCGGGUGAGAAAGAAAGUUGUUCGGCUUUGAUCUUUUUUGCGCCGCGAUGUUUUCUUGGUUUGAUUGAGACACUGAAAGCCUCAUCAAAGCCGACCGAUGAGAUGCGAUGUCACGCUGUGAUUGACAUGUUGUCGUGUAGGUUGUAAGCUUCUGAUAUUUGUUAGUAAGUUUAACAAACUGAUCCAGGGGUGGGCAAAUCGUUAUUAAAUUCUUUAGUAAGCCUGCCAGGAAAGCAGGCGUGCCAUUGUGAUGAUGCCCAGGCUCGUGGUUUAGUUGACGAGGCUAAAAAGUGGUAGUUAAUUUAAUCUGAUAAAGUAUGGUGGGGGUAGUUAGGUAGUUAAUCGCAUUAAUAUACGAAAACGCGGGGACAGACAAAUGUAUACGAUCGAGUCGUGUUUGUUGGCCAAUGUUUCGGGUAUGAGCUGGGGUGUCGUGGCUAGUUCUGCUCAAUAUUUGUCCGCAUCUCUACAAACAUCCAUGUUCCUGAUUCUGAUGAUAAUCUUUUGAUGAUCAUAUUUCAGAAAUUGUUGUAUUGAAGCAGGUGGUGGGUUUCAGAACGAGUGGCGCUAGCUGUAAUUACAGCAUCGAUGUUCAUCACACCACUUCGAAGAACAUCAAGUUUAAAUAUACACUUCCAUACGUGCUUGUUUGAACAUCUCAUUCCAGAUUUAUUCCUCCUUUAGUCUUCUCCAAAGGUUUUCCACUAGAUUUUGGGGCGUAGCUGUGGGGAUUUGUGUUCAUUCAGCUACGAGAGCGUUCGUGAGGUUGAGGUCAUGUGCAGAUAUUGGGAUGGUGAGAAGGCUCCAGUUCCAGUUCAUCCCAAUGGUGUUCAGUGGGGUUGAGGUCAGGGCUCUGUGCCCUCUGUGACACUCCAGUUCUUCUACCUUCUUCCAACCUUCAUGCACCACGUCUUCAUGGAGGUGUGGGCCUCUUGUAAUGCUACAGCAUACAAAAGCAUUCUAUACAGUUAAGUGCUUCCAACUUUUGAGAAGAACAACAUAUGGGUGUAGGUAUCUGCAAAAAUUUGGCCGUAGAGUGUACAUACCAAAACAAAAUGUUUGUUUUGUGAAAAUCAGUCAGAAAGUAGGGUUUUUCUUCUUCUUUUUCUUUUCUUCAAAUAUAUUUGUCUGCAUCUACAGAUAAAAUAGGAAUGCAUUGAUACUGAUACAGGUAUCAAGUCUGAGUCAGAUACUAUGUUGUUGGGUUUUUUUUUUCUUUUUUUUUUUUUUAAACUACUACUCAUCAUAAAUGCUCCAAUGCCAACAGCGGAAAAAAUAAAUGUGUGUACACUGCAAAAAAAAAAAAAAAAAAGAGCGUAGGUAUCGCUGUAUCCCUGGAAUAAAAACACUAACCUCCUGGACAGUAUCUCCUAAGCUGCUGAUUUGUCCACCCUUGCAAUCGAUUACAUUUGGAUGAAGUGGGACAUUGUGUAUAUUUUUAAUGUUUCUUUAAUAAAGAAAUGAAUAUACUUGGUACAGAAAUAGCUUUACACAUCCGAACAGCUGCUCGUUUGUGCAAGUAACAAUAGAGUCGCUCAGUGUUUGUAAAAGUAUUAACGAUAAUCAGAUCUAUCACUAUAUCGAUAUUAUACCUGUUGUAUUGUCCUACUUUGAUGAAUUUCAGAGGCUUAAAGUCAGCAAGGCCGUGUCUCAAAUCACACGCUUACUGUAUUAGCAUUACUGUUCUACAUGGAUACUUUUAGCUCUGUCCCUUCUCCCAUCAUGCACCACAUAGUGUAAGGGGCGGAGCUCGGUUAAUGAGGCACCAGUUUCAACUAAUUGACUCUGUUCAUUGUUGUCAUGUAUUCCACGGUAACAUCGUGCAUUUUUUUUUUUUUUUUUUUUUUUUUUUUUUAUUUUAAAAGUGUGAAGUCAUCACAGAUUUGAGACACAGCCUUGGGCAUGGUGAAUGGAAAACUAAACCAAACCAAAAGAAGUCCACAGCGCACUGUCUGUACGUUCCUGUCACUUCCUUGCGCAAUACCAAACAGUAUAUCCGACUCUCUGUUCUUUAUGUAAAGUUCUUCUAUUGGACGGACACUGUGAGAAUCGAAGCACAAUGUGCUGCAUUUAUCUGUGAGAACUAACAACCAAUAAUAGAUUUUAAUCCCUGUAUGGGUGCCUUGCGUUGCUCGUGACCUGCUAUAGCCAGUGGAGCAUGCUGUACGAAUAACUCCUGUGUGUUUGAUGCAGCAUGAAGGUGUGUGCCGUGUUACGUGUAAGAUGAUUCUGUCCACCAUGGUUUAUAAAAAAAAAAAACAGAAUAAUUCAUAGAACAGCUUUUUAGUUUCCUUUAAAGUAAAAUCGUGGAAUUUCAGAUCACUUUAACACUCAUCAGGAGUUUGGGAGCCUACAUAGGUAGCUGGUGAUGAAAUAUUAAAGCGUCGAUGAUAAUAGUAUGUAUUGCGAUGAUUGAGCCAAGCAUUCAUCGGCACAUGCCUUACAGAGUGCGAUAAAGAAUAAGCUCCAAACCUCCAGCUUUAAACCUCCUGCUUUGUGAUCUUACAGGGAUUCUCCAGCGCUUUUUCAGCCUAAUCUCUAUUUACAAAAUCUGUGUAAUGAGAUUUAAAACAUAAUCCGACUAUCAAAACUGACGGGAGAAAAAGUUAAUGUUGAGGUUCAAGAAAGUAUAAAGUAACAAGGGUGACUUUUCAUUGUUCACUCAGACCGUGUUUUAAUAUUUGGGUAAUAUAGUCGUGUAUCUGUGAUAUUUAAUGACGUCACGACACCUGCCCUGAGACUUCCAUAAUAUAUAAAACAAGGCUGGUGGUUCUUUUCGGUAAUCACACAAACACACACACAGGUUGUAGAUGGAGAUCAGGUUUAAAAAAAAAAAAAAAAAAAACAGUGUAAUGGAGUACUAUUCGAAUCUGAGCCUGUGCUGUAUUUUUCCCACAGUGCAUUGCAUGGAAAGGCAGAGUCGUCUUCCCUUGUGCCUCCUCACUGUCGUUACAUUUUCUGUGAGCGCUCGCGGAUGGAAACCUUCUUCCGAAAGGAUGAGAAAUCGCUAACGUCGACGAAAUGAUGCGCGAACGUCUCGUUUUUUGUAUUUGUUCGUAUUUUUUUCCCCCCUUUCGGUGUGUUUGUACGUGUUGCGGUCUAUCAGACGGUUCUCAGAGCACGUCAUCGCCAUCGUCUUUCUGCCUUAGCUAAUCUUUAUUCUAAUCAUGGUCGAAAUCUAUGAGUUUUAAGAUAAGGUAAUAAGGAUUGUGCGCGUGGGUAGAACUGUGCAUGUGAGUGUGUUCAUGUAUGUAUGCAAAUCUUUGGUUUAAAAAUAUGAUGUUUUUUUUUUGCAUUAUAUAUUAAACUGACAAGCUUGU